AUGGGCGAGACGGGCGAGACGGGCGAGACGCUGGGGCCGAUACCGGUCCUCGAGGACUACGGCCUCUCGUCGACGCACGGCUUCCUGCCAGAGACCCUCCCGCUCAGCCGGCUGCCGGAUCCCUACUACAACAAGUGGGAGGCCGUCGCGGCCAACCUGCCGGCGCAGGUGCUCAGCAAGCGCCUGCGCGGCGUCGUCGACGGCCUGCCCGUGCUCUCGACGGCGGGCCUCGAGCACGAUGCCGAGUGGCGGCGGGCCUACUCGCUCCUCUGCUUCAUGGCCCACGCCUACAUCUGGGGCGGCGACGCGCCCGCCUCCCGCCUCCCGCCGUCCAUCUCGCUGCCGCUGCUCGAGGUGGCCGGCCGGCUGCAGCUGCCGCCCGUGGCCACGUACGCGGCCGUCUGCCUCUGGAACUUCAAACCGCUCUUCCUCGACGAGGACCUGGACAGGCUGGAGAACCUCGCGACGCUCAACACCUUCACCGGCUCCUCGGACGAAUCCUGGUUCUACCUCGUCUCCGUCGCCAUCGAGGCCCGUGGCGCGCCCAUCCUCGGCCUCGCGCUCACGGCCAUGGGCGCCGCCCGCGAGGGCGACUCGAGGACCGUCACCCGCUGCCUCCGCGCCUUUGCCGAGCGCCUGACGGACCUGACGGCCAUCCUACAGCGCAUGCACGAGAGCUGCGACCCGGCCACCUUCUACCACCGCAUCCGGCCCUUCCUCGCCGGCAGCAAGAACAUGGCCGAGGCGGGCCUGCCCGACGGCGUCAUCUACGACGACGGCUCCGGCGCCGAGACGCACCGCCGGUACAGCGGCGGCAGCAACGCCCAGAGCAGCCUCGUCCAGUUCUUCGACAUCGCCCUCGGCAUCCGGCACCGGCCGACGGGCGAGCGGCGCGACGCCGGGCCCGCGACCGAGCCGGCUGGCGAGCCGAGACGGACGGCGCCGGAGCACAACUUCAUACAGGAGAUGCGCAGGUACAUGCCGGGCCCCCACGCUCGCUUUCUCGAGGACGUGACCAAGGUGGCCAACGUUCGCGAGUACGUCGAGAGCCACCGGGACGACGGCGAGCUGUGCCUCGCCUACGACGCCUGCCUCGCCAUGCUGAGCGCCUUCCGCGACAAGCACAUCGCCAUCGUGGCCCGGUACAUCAUCGCGCCGUCACGCGAGGCCCGCGCCCGCGACCGGUCGCCCAAGCGGAGCCGGCUGAACCUAGCGGCGCCGACCAAGGGGAGCCGGGACGGCGCACAGACCGGCACCGGCGGCACAGCCCUCAUCCCCUUCCUCAAGCAGGCGAGGGACGAGACCGGCGAGCCGGCGGUGGAAGCGUGGACCAGGCGCUUCAUGCGGCGCGGCAUGACCAGCGCCGACAAGCACGCCGACCUCCUCUUUGGACGAGGCGCGAGCCCCGAGAAGGAGCACGUAGGCGUCAAGGGCCUCGCGGGUUCAUGGACCAUGGACGACGACAUGGGCGGCAUUUGCCUCGUGUGA